AUGUGUUCAUCAAAUGGCCUAUUAAAAUUAUUUGUUGGUGAUAUUGGUGAUAAUCGUAAAUCAGAUUUAAGUCGUGUAUUUAGUAAAUAUGGUGAAAUUUCAACAAUUUAUGUUGAUGAACAUAAACAUUUUGCUUUUAUUGAAUUUACAUCAUCAACUGAUGCCCAACGUGCUUUACAACGUACAAAUAAUAAAACAGUGAAUGGUUCAAAACUUCGUGUGGAAUAUGCUAAACCAGAUAAAACAUCUCGAGAUAGUCGACGUCCAUUGACUCGAGUACAUUCACCACCAUCAACUUUUUAUGAUCAUUUACAGGUAACUGCAAAUCGUUUACCAACAAUGCAGUCAAUGCGUCAAAAUUAUUAUCAACAUCAUCCAUCAACAAUGAUGUCGAGUUCAACUAUGUCUCGUGGUCGAUCUUUAACACCACCUUCAUUUAAACAAAAUGCUCGUAUAUCAUCAAUGAAUCAUCUACGAUCACAAGAGUUCUAUCCACCAUAUUAUCCACAUCAUCCAGCUGUUUAUAGUGAUCCAGCUUAUUAUCGAGCAGCCUACGGAGAUCCAUAUUUAAUGCAGCGUUUACCACCACCACCACCAGCAGCUUUCUUUCCUCCAACAUCACCACCACCAUCAUCAUCAUCAUCUCGUUCUCAUCGAAAUAUGUAUUCAUCAUCCGGUCUUGAUCGUUAUCCUCCAGUCAUGUCUCAUAGACGAUCACAACGAAGUCGAAGUCGUAGUCGACGCAGAACUUCACCGACACGAAAAACUCGAUCUAGUCGUGAAGGAAAACGAAAACGACGCAUUUCAACAUCAUCUUCACCUAAAAAUCAACGUGAUCGUGGCCCACAAACACCACCUACAUCAUCACAUCGAUCUCGAAAACGAUCUCGGUCUGGUUCAGAUACAGUUGCUUCAAUAUCCGAACAAAAAACAUCUUCAACUUCUUCUUCAGAUGAUGAAAAUAAUGAAAUUAAACAAUCAAAUUCUAAAAGGUAAAACUAAAUUAUUUUUCAAAAAGAAAAAACAACAUAUUUAUUUUUUUUCAAGAUCAAAAAAUAGUGAAUCAAAUCAAAAACAUUUAAAAAGAAAGACAAGAGAAUAAAAUAUUGAUUUAUUUUUUAAAUUAAUAAUAAUACAAUAUUUGUUUAUUUGUUCUGUUUCUCUUUAUAAAUAUAUAUAUGUGUGCUUUUCUCUUCUUUCUUUUGUUUUCCUUACUAAACAUUCGUUAUGUGAUGGUAUUAAUUUCUUCUUCAUGAUCAUCAACCUUUUGUUAUAUGUUGUACGAGCACACAUGUAUCGUACUUCAACCAUUUAAGGUUGUCGUUAUUGUUAAUGUUCUUGCUCAAAAAUAAAACGAAUUGUGAACACGUACACAUGUAUAAUUAAUAAUCUUAUUUAAUUCAUUUUUAUCUGCAUGAUAACAAGAGAAUUGUUAAUAUCAAACAUAUUAUUAAUUAUACGAUUAUUAUUUCUAGUAAACAAUAAAAAACAGGACUGAAAAUAUAGGAAAUGUACUUUUUCUGUUUCUUUUUUGUUCGUAGUCGUUUGAAUUAUUUUCAAUAAUGUCAUUGUGACAAUGUUUUCUUGUAAUUAUUGUUUCUUUCACAUUUUUGGAAUAUAAUAUGGUAUCAACUUUAUUCAUGUGAUGAUAACUCUUGAUUUUCCAUAAUAAAUACAGAAAUUUUACUGAAAGAAUAUUCAACAUUGGUAAUUAAUGUAUGUAUUGUAAUACAACAGGUAUACUCUAUCAAAGAAAUAUUAUCUUACGGUUAACAACUGUUAUUUAGUAUUAUGAAAAAAUGCAAGUUGACUAAGAUGAGUAUAUUAUUUUGCUCAGUGUCUAUCGACUUCGUUUACUAAGAUCUAUGUCAAAACUAUUAACUAAAUCAAUGAAAACAACAUUCAAUACAUACGUUGUAUAUAUUUUCUAAUAAAAUGAACAUCGAAUAGAAAAUAAGAGAUUUUUCAUAAUAUCAACAAUUAGUCAAUCUAGUAGAAUAGUUAAUAUUCUGACAAAAUUUUUUCUAAGAAAUGCAGUAUGAACUUGAUAAAUGUAUUUUGUAUAUGGCUUAUUUUAUGAAUGAGAGAAAGAAUAGUUUUGUCGAAUAAAUUAUAAAAUACAAAUGAUUAUAAGUUUGCUAUAUUUUUAAUCAUAUAGUUUUAUAUAGAAUCGAUGGUAACAUAAAUGAACCCAAUGAAUGUGGGUCACCGAGUUCUGAUAUUUUGAGACCUGAAUAACUUAAAAAAACACGUUCUAUUGAUCUUAAAAUAAUAUGAUUUGUGUAAAUAUUUGCGUUUAUGUUAUUUUUGUACAUAAACCUUUCUAUAUUUAGUAAAGAUUUUUGGUUGUUUCUCAAUAGAGUGCAUAUGCGUGUGAUGAUGACAAUACUCCCACCCAUAUCGCAUUUUGAAUUACAGCACGGUCCUUUAUUUCGCGCAUUGCAUCAACAGGAAGUCAAAAAAGUCCAAGAAGAAAAUAUUACAAUUUCGUUGAUAUAGUGAGGAGACUUAAAAAAAGGAAAGAUAUUUCAUGUGAAUGUAUUGAAUGUGGUACAGAAUUGCAUCUUGUAGAUUGUUUUAAAAACUAUCACAUUCGGCAAGCAUUCUGAGUCAUGUAUCUCAGAAUCUUUUUUGCUAUUAAUAGCUUAUAAAUAAAACCUAUUUGUUAUAUGUAACUUUUGACAAAUUAUAAAUACAUGUUUCUAAAAAUUAUCAUGACAUUUUAUUGAAUUCAACUGUCAGAUCUUGAAAGACUGAAGAAAAAAAAAUAAUCAUUUAAUUAAAAAACGUCAUUUAUUAGAUGGAUUCUCUACAUGUCAUAAACAUACAAGAUAAAAUACUGUUGAAUUCAAUCCACAAAAAAAAGUCUUUCAAUGAACGUAAAAAUACGUUUCAAAUGUCAUACGACAUUAUCCAAAUUGAUUUUAAUAGUAAUGGUAAUCAGACUUAGAAAAUCCAAGUAUGAAAAACUUACUUCUCCAUUUUUCAUCUCGUUUAUAUAUUUCUCUUUGUAGCUUAGCAACUCAAUAAAAUAAUAUUUUAAACUUAACUACAAUGUAUUUAGAUAUAUAUCAAUUAUAAUACAAGAAUUGAAAUCAUGAGCAGGGACAUAGCCAGGAAUUUGCUAAGAAGUAUGCCCGACUUACUUAGUGGUGUGCACAGCUACAGGGAAAUAAAUUUUUGUUUCAGGUAGAAAAAAAAUUUCCGUACUCCCCUACAGGUACAAUUUUUCCAAGGAGUGUGCACACUCCUGGCUACGCCCCCGAUCAUGAGCAAAUAAUGCUAAAGAGUAAAAAAGUCUAUAGUUCAUUCAUAUAUAAAUUAGUAUCAAAGUCUUCAAAAAUAAUCGUACUACAAGAAAUUAAUUUAGUUCUAUCUAAUUCUUCAUAUACUAUUUUUUUGGAGGUAAAGCUUUUAUUGAUGUUAAAACAUGACAAUUCAAGGAUAACAACAAACAACAGGACGUAUAAUCAUCAAAAGCUGAAGAGGAGACACAUGACAUUGAUCUUUUAUCACUGAUGAUUUUGUAAUGGUGAUGAUAUCUUGGAUAAUUGUUGUAUAUGUAAUGUAUUCAUAUACUGAAUAAGUUUAUUUUCUAUAUAGCACAACCAAUAUAGUCUUAUUUGCAUACACAAACAUUUGUAUGUAUAAUCAAUUCAAUUUUUACUAUUGUUUUGAAUAAUAAAUUUUUUCGGAGAAAAUUUUCAUGAUUUACAAUUUGAUAGCACGACAAAAACCUUAAAACUGAUCUGCAUUCAAGAACUAAAUUAAAAAGUGCUUGUGUGAAUAAUGAUAAAACUCUUACGAAAUUGUUAACUUCUUAAAUCAUAAGAGAAGAGAAGCCUUAUGAACACUUUUUUCAUUAAUAAUUAUAUGCUUUUUAUCAAUAAGAGAAAACUUAUUACAUAACUUUGUAUUUUAACAAUAUUUUCUUUCAACAUUCUAUAAAAUCAUACAUGAUAAUCUAAUUCAUUCUCAACUAUUAACAGAUACACCAUAUUUUUGAAGCUCAUAAAACAAUAUAUAUAAAUUACAAAAAUGUUAACUAGGGACAUCUAUCCGUAAAGUAAAAGAUUGUAUUGAAAAGUUUUAUUAUUGAUAAAUUUUUCUCUAAAAAUAAUUCUAAAAAUAUUAGUUAAUAGAAAAAAUGAAAAAAUUCUUAUGGCUAUGGUCACGGAUGAUUGAUUGGCUUUCCCUUCACUCACAUAUCUUCGUGUAGUAAAAAUUGUUGGUAACAAAAAUGAAAGGCUAAAUGAAGCGAAGAAGAGACAAACGAACACAGUCUAGCGUAACAGUGAGUCAUCUUGCCAAUCGAAUAAAAUAACACGAACACGCAAAGGACAAACUGGAUUGAGUUGAGUAAACAAGAAGAAAGAAAGGAAGAAAGAAAAAAAGAAAUAUUGGAGAUUUUAGUUCACU